AUGAACUGGGUGGGCGGCAGUCGAAGCAGAAUCAUAUUAAAGCAAGAAAGGAGAAAACAAAAGGAAUACUUUGAAAGAAAGAAACUUAAGUCAAAAAUGAAGCUCCUGGAAGUAUCAUCUCCUAAAAGUUCAGCAGUCAGUUUGGAUCUUCUUAAUCUAUAUGUGGUUAACCAGAUGUCAACCAAAAAAGAAAACACUGAGAACUUGAGGAAGCCAGUCCACAUUGAUAUCACUGAAGAUGAAAAAAAACCCAUCAGGAGACAUAACUUAGAGCUUCCCACAUCACCCCCACGUACACAACAUAAGUCAAACUUAGAUGAUCUCCAGAGCAGGUUACAAAAGCAAGUUUUGGAAAGCAGAAGACAACAUCUCUCAGAAAAAGUAAAACACCAGCAUAAGCUCAUUCCACAAGUAAUGGAAUUAGGCUAUGUUGAUUCUAGUAUGGAAAAUGAAGACAACUUGGCAAGAGUUUUUAGUGCUUGUCCAUUGCCCUCCUCUGGUUUUCAGUUCUCUAACUGUACACAGCUUUCAGAAGAAAAUUUCAACACAAAACUAAUGGGCAAUGUUUGGGAACAGAUCUAUGAAAAAAAGCUGCAAAACCAGCCAGGUAACAGCUUUGAUCGAGACCCUCGGAAUACAAACCCUCCAAGCCAGUGUAUUUUCAGGAAGUCUGAUACAGUGCCUCAGGAGCUGUUCAAGCCAUUUGAUAAGCCAGACUACAUGAAUUCUGCCAGGAAAAAUCCAGUGAUAAUAGCCAGUAAUGAAUCAGAAAACUAUGAAGGAAUAAAAGAACCAAUAUUUGAUGUUGUGAAAGAAACUGCAGGAUUGAAAGAUGGAAGUGGUUGUUCCUUUCUGGCACUAUUUGAAGAAGAGAGUCAACCAACCCAUAAUAAUUCUUCCACCAAGCAUUUUAAUUUUUUUUCUAACCAAAGGAAUAAUGACCUUUUUUUCACUGUUCCUGAUGUUCGAAAUCAAAUUACCAACAGAAAUUAUUCUUGCGACACUAGAAGGGUUUAUCCUGGCAUCAAUGCAAAAGAAGAUUCUGUAGACAGACACCUUGAAGGCAUUUUCACAGCUCCAGAACAGGUUUUCCUUAAAAGUAAUAAUGUGUCAAGUACAAGCUACAAGGAAACAAGUGCACUGCAUAAAACACACCAGCAGAACUGUCAUGAGGGACAGCACUACUUCAUGCCCUGUGAACAGAGAGAAAGAAGAGCAAACCUUGAAAAAAUUGAGACAUUUGCUUAUUACCAUGAUCAGCAGAAUAUCUUAAAGGAGAAUGUGCAGAAUUAUUCAAGAAAAAAAAGUGACGACAAGUCUGUGAAGGAAACAUCCUGGAACCAGAACCAUGUCUUUGUAUUUGAAGAGUUCACAACAGCACAAGAGAAAGGGUAUAAGUUUGGACUGAGUUCAUAUCUUCAAGAGAUGGAUGUGGACUCACCACUCAGCAGCCAGUCUUACAGUUACUCUCCAAGGCAGACUGAGAGCUGUUUGAGCUCUAGUCCUGACACAUCUGAAGAGGAAGACACAGCCAAAAAGAAGAAUUAUCUGAAUGAACAGUCCUUGAAGGCACAUGGUGCCAACCUGCUCUCAGCCUCAGUGAGCAGAGAGGCCCCCAAGAGCUCUCACACCCAAGGUGUGGGUAUGAAGCCUAGCAGCACUUUGGCUAGAAAAGAAGCAAACAAUCUUCAGGAGAAAGACUCUGAUUUUUGUGCCACAGAGGAGGAAAAUAAAACCCACGCAGCUCUGUCUCAGGGCCCAUCCCAGCACGCCCUUAGGAGGGAGCAUGUCGGUAGCAGCACCAGGUGCGAUGUGUGGUCGCAGACCGAGGGCUCUGUGACCGUAGAGAAGGUGGAUGUGGGCACCCAGUGCGGCACGCUGAGGGUGUGCGGCUGUGGGGGAUCGCUCCCCGCUGCCCGCAGCCCGGGCGGGGUCCCCGCUCCCGGCACUGCCGGAGAGCAGCAAUGGCCGGCGCGGGAGGGGCGGCAGCCCGCGGGCAGCGGCAGCGCCGCCGGGACAGGCGCCUUCUCUGCCGAGACCGAGUACCUGACUCUGGCUGGCAGCAGGACUCUAGAGGUGCUGGACUACAUUGAUAAAAUGAAGGGGGGAGAGAAGCAGUGA